AUGGGAAAUGCUGUCACGAAGCUCCGGUAUAGCUUGACCCGGAUGUGCUACAAAAUCAACGGCUCACCGGAGGUGAAAAUGCUCAUGGUGGGGCUGGAAUCUGCAGGAAAGAGCACUGUUUUGCAGAAGCUGCAGUUGGGGAAAGUGGCGACGAGCACGCCAUUUGAAGGCUUUCAGGUGGAAUCCUUGCAGUACAAGAACACCUCCAUCACUGUGUUGGACCUGGGAGGCGAGGGGCAGGAGAAGCUUCGCCCAAAGUGGCGGCAAUACUUUAAAGGCACCACGCGGCUGAUCUUUGUGGUGGAUAGCACUGACCGUGAUCGCCUAGAAGAGGCCAGGGAAGAACUCCAUUUGAUGCUGAAUGAGGAGGAGAUGAGCAAUGCGGUGCUGCUGCUUUGGGCCAACAAACAGGACCUUCCGAACGCUAUGAGCAAGAACGAACUUAUCGACGCCUUGGGCCUCAACACUCUGCGCCGCAGGCAGUGGUUCAUUCAGACCUCCUGCGCCCUAUCAGGAGAUGGCUUGUACGAAGGGAUGGACUGGCUGACCACCCGAAAAGUGGCGCGUGGAGUGGCGCAGCACGAGAUGUUUGUUUGUACCAACUUUGUCUUUUCUAGCCAUGCAGCCACGCACCUUUGUGCCAAGACGCGGCAGUCGCCACAAGAGCGGCUCUGUUCCUCCCACGACCCCGCUGUGGUCGUGGCAGAUGACGUAAUGCUGUUCCGGGGGCCUGCAGAAGGCGGAUUUCCAUUCCUCCCACAAGAGGACCAGGUGCCCAUGAAAGUCUUGGUGACGGGUCGUGCGGUGAAACGCCCAUGGCUGCAGAAGGGAGAGCUCUUUUUGAACCAAGAUGAUUUCUUGGCUUUCUCCCAUCGCUUGAACCUCAUGACCUACCAAGCAUUGGAAGACUUUGGCCCCACGGGCUGUUUCGCCGCGGAUCCGGCACCGCCGCCGGUGCUGGUGUUGAGCGCUUGCGGCCUGGCGGAUCCCGAACAUCGGCAGCCCAGGGGCGGCAUUGCCCAGGCCUUGAAGACCUGGAGGACCAUGUGGUCUGGCUAUUUCCAGGCCGUUGUCAUCGCCUGUGGUGAUCGGGAGACUGCCGCCAUCAUUGACCGCGUGGUAAACACCGAAGCUGGGAACGGCAACGGCGGGCGAAGCGGAAAGCUGCUGAUAGGAUGGGAAUGUAACAAAGAAUAG